AUGCGUGAUCAACGGGAACGAGUGGCUCUGCUGCGACUCGAACAAGUCAUGAUUGACUUUAUGAACGCUCCUGAAGGAUACCUAGAAGUGGGAGGACCCUACAAUUCCGUCGUCGUAUCACCCAACACGAGCAGCAAGCGCUUUCAGAGUGCCGCUUCCGUCAACGACACUGGAGGACGACAAACCAGCUUUCAGCGGUGUCUACUCCAUCGAUUGGCCGAUCGAUUCGGCAUUGUACGAGAAAGUGGAACCAUCCUAGAGGGAUCCAUUCGACUCAUCAAGCAAAAGGACUCCAAAAUACCGCAAGUGCUCCUCUUGGAUCAUAUGGAAGAAACCAACAACACGAGUAGCAGCUCGAAUAAUAGCAACAAUGCCCAGUCAGGAGGAGACCAGACAGACGCAUCGAGCAAGAAUGCCCCAGACGAACCAAAGUCGGCGUCUUCCUCCCAACAGCAAGCUGCCCCAACAGCCACCACCAAGGACAAAUCCAAACGCAAAAUGAAAAUCAUGAAGCGAAACUCAUCCGUUGACAGCAACAAUGGACAAGCCAAGAGCACUCCCCGUUCACGGAAGAACAAGAACUUUAGUGACAAGGAAAAGGCAUAUGCGGAAGCAAGAGCCAGAAUCUUUGCCGAUGAAGCAAACAGUAACAACCAGUCUGCCACGGCCAGUCAAUCCUCCUCCACGGCACCCUCUCCGUCCGCCACACCUCCUCCAAGCAACAAUAACAGCAACACUGCACCUGUGCAUCGCAGCAGCAGCAAUGCCAGUUUGACCAAGCGCAUGUCCUCGUCCUCACUGGGCGGUGCGGCGGAUGGUCUCCUUGUGGAUGACCCCCAGCAACCCACACCGGCGGCAGCGUCCAGUGGAGUCAGCAAGGCGACUUGGAGGAAUCGACGGGAAGAAGAAAACGAUCCGGAUUUUCAACGGGGACAAUUGCAAGCCAUGGCUCCGGCGUUUGCGCCCGCCGUCUACUAUCAGGGGGCCGCUCCUCCUCCACAGGCGUACCACUACGGGGAGCAGCAGUAUACCGCGGGACGUGGUGGUGGUGUUGGUGGGGGACAACAACAACGAAUGCCGGGGCGGGGCUUUGUGUCACCAAGAGGUUACGGGUAUCCUCAACAACAGCAGCAGCAAGGGUUUCGAGCGAGUAACAAUAGUGGGAACGCCGCCAUUGGAGGGGAACCGACCAACGUCAGUAACAUGGAGGAAUUUCCGGCGUUACGAUAA